AUGACUCAGGAGUGCAAGAAAUCAAGAUUAGCACCAAGUUAUCGAAUCCAGACUCUUACACAUGCAACUUCUCAUCCUUUAGGUGUUAAACCGUCCGGUAAUGCGUUGCUAGAAGGAGCUGAUCCAAAGGAACGGCGGGAGAUUCGCUCCAAAAACCUUGGAACCUUGGCAGAUUUUCCCGAGGAACUGCUAAUGGAAUUGUUUUCAUACAUUUUGGACCCCAAGACCUUGCAUAGUUUUGCAUGUGCAUCUAGGAUGCUUUAUGCAUACACAUACGACGAAGAUAUCUGGAGAAAACUAUAUAUGAGGGAGUAUACAAGGUUGGAAUAUAUGCAGAGGGAAAAUAAAAGCGAUAAACCUAUUGUUCCAUUUGGUUGUUCUAGCUGGAAAGGGACCUGGAGAAAUACUCUUUUGAAAUUGGAACCAGAAAAUGAGGCCUUGAUCCAGACCAACAACACUUUAUAUUCAGACAUGCUCUAUAGACCAUACCAGUGCUCGCAGAUUGAUUAUUUACAUAUCUUCAGAAAGAUUAUUGACUACGAGAAAGCGUCUCAUGAACUGGGUUACAAUUUAAAUAAAGAUUUUGGCAUUGACAGGUUCAGUGAAUCCGAUUUUGACCAGGAGAAAUUUGAAAACAAAUACAUUGACAAACCCUUUAUCCUUCAUAGUCAAGAAAAUAAUGGUAGGUGGCCAGUAUGGAGUAUCGACGAUCUUGCUGCUGAAUACCAGCAGGUCAGCUUUCGGCAGGAGUCAGUGAAGUGGACAUUAUCGAAUUAUGCUUCUUAUAGCCGCAAUAAUCGAGACGAAUCCCCACUGUAUCUUUUUGAUUGUAAUAGUGAGGCCAUGAAUAAGAUUAAAGACAGUUACGAGUCUCCAGAUAUUUUUCAUAAGGACUUCUUCAGAUUGUUUCAAGAAGACGGCAUUAAUUGCAGACCUGAUCAUAGAUGGCUUAUUGUAGGCCCUGCUCGCAGCGGUUCAACCUUUCAUAAGGACCCUAAUAAUACAUCUGCUUGGAAUACAGUUUUGAGCGGCAUGAAAUUAUGGAUAAUGCUCCCACCUCACGUAAAGCCACCAGGUGUUUCUACUGAUAGUGAAGAAGAGGAAGUUACCUCACCGGUUGGCAUUGCUGAAUGGGUUCUCUCAGGAUAUUAUAAUGAUGCAGUUAAAAUGGCUCAGAAUGGAGAUUGUCUAAUAGGUAUAACAUUCCCGGGCGAAUGUAUAUACGUCCCAUCAGGCUGGUGGCAUACUGUUAUCAACUUGACGGAUACGGUAGCGUUGACGGAGAACUUCGUCCCUCAACCAAUUCUUCCUAAGGUUUUAAACUUUUUAAAGAACAAGCCAAAACAAUUAUCUGGAUUCCAUUUUAAGGAUUUGGCAGAUUCUAUAGAGGCUUUUCUUACUCAGAAAGGCGAUGGGAUCAAAAAUCAAGAGCAUACUAAACUACUACAGGAAUUUGUUAACUACAGAGAUAUUCGCAAUUUUGAUAAUGAAGAUUGUGGAAUUUUGAGUGAUUGUACUGUAAAACCUCCAAUUUACGAGUUCCUUGUUGAGUUGCUCGCCCAAUCCAAAAACAAGGAUUGUCUCUCAUGGGCAUUAGAAAAAGCAGCGAAGUUAGAAAGCAUAAUGCUAAGAGAAAAAAAAUUGAACUCCGCUCGUGAAAACGUAAAGGUAUCUGAAUUAUGGAGUAACCUCACAAAGCAAGCGGAUACUGCGUUUUCCUUUGGUUUUACUGAACAGUAG